CUAACGGUGGAAAAAAAAGCGAAGUGUCGUUUUUCUGUCAUUAUUUGUUGUAGAAACGCGUCAGACGAAGCUCACGCCACGAGAAAUGAAUCCAGAUUUUCACGUCCGUUUGUCUCCAAAGAAGGACAUCCCUGGCACCAGCAGCUCAACCAGCUAAACAUCCCAAAUUACGAAUCGGAUUUUUGGCAUUUUUUUACACAUUUUUUAAUUGCUUUGCAGCCCGAUCGUCGCGGGAUUUCGGUGUGAAAAUCAUGGCUUUCUUCGCGAAAAAAAAGAAGUUUAAGUUCCAGACGCAUUUGACGCUGGAGGAGCUGAGCGCGGUGCCUUUUGUCAACGGAGUUUUGUUCUGCAAACUGAGGCUCCUGGACGGGGACUUUGUGGCCACUUCGACGAGGGAGGAGGUUCACGAUCACUGCGUGCGCUGGAGGAAGAGGUUCACCUUCGUGUCCAAGAUGAGCGCCAACCCCCAUACCGGAGUCCUGGACCCAGCCGUCUGCAGGGUCUCCGUCAGGAAGGAACUGAAGGGGGGAAAGACCUACUCCAAGUUGGGUUUUGCAGAUCUGAACAUGGCGGAGUUCGCUGGUUGUGGCUCCACCGUGCGCUGCUGUUUACUGGAGGGAUACGACACCAAGAACACCAGACAAGACAACUCCAUCCUCAAGGUGAUUAUCGGCAUGACGCUGCUUUCUGGAGACCCCUGUUUUAAAACGGCUCCGAGUUCAGCCAAAUCGAUCACGGUCUCCGGUCGUGAGCCGGCUCUCCAGAUGGACUGUAAAGGAGAGGGGACCACGGCCGAGCCCCCGCCCAGCUCCGGAGGCGUGUCUCUGGGCCGGAGCGCCAAGCCUCGCCCCUCCAUCAUCAGCUCGGGUCUUUUGGAGGAGUCCGAGUCAAACCAGAGUCAACCUGAAGCGUUCCAGUCCGGUCACUCCAGAAACUCCAGCUACGCCAGCCAACACAGCAAGAUCUCAGGUUACAGCACAGAACACUCGUGCUCCUCCAGCCUGUCGGACCUGACCCACCGCAGGAACACGUCCACAGGGAGCAGCGCGUCGGGUUUGGGCUUCAGCUCGGACCCGCCUGAGCUCUGCCCCCCGGACCCCCUGACCUCCACACGCCCGGACAAACCCCCCAGACCCCCACGCCCCGCCCUGCCCCCCAACAGGCCCCCCAGGAGGAAGCAGGACUCGGUGGAGAGUCAUCCGUCCUGGGUGAACGACACUCGGAUGGACGCAGACGACAUCGUGGAGAAAAUCGUGCAGAGCCAGAACUUUGCCGACAUGAAUCACACUGAAGACAGUAACCUGCGCCUGUUCGUGAGCAGAGACGGCACCACGGCUCUGAGCGGGAUCAGACUCGGGACCAGGGUGUCUGCUGGAGGAUAUGAGCCCGUCGUGAUCGAGACCCACUGAAGUCCCGGUCUAGUCCCGGUCUAGUCCCGGUCUAGUCCGGUCUAGUCCCGGUCUAGUCCCGGUUGUUAGUCCCAAUAAAAAUACAAGCAAGUAACAAGUGCAAAAGGGGUUAUAGGGCCCCCUAGCUGUAAAGCAGGGAAGGCAAACAUAAAAACAAGAGCUAACACUGGUCUAGUCCCGGUUUGAUCCCGGGCCGGUCCUGGAGCUCCAGCGGGUCUGCGGCCGUGAGGGGACCGGCCCAUCGUGCACUUUAUCCAAGCCCCGUUCACAAAUGUACCACUACGACGUUUACUCGAGACACUAACUAGAGUUUAUUUUAGUCACUGUUUGAAACGGACACGACCGCGCCGACAAUGUUCUGUUUUUUUGUUUUUUUUUUGUUUUGUUUUUAAUACUAAAAAUAUCAGAAGUUACAGACUGCAAAAAGGGAUUUCCAUUUAAAGCGCCUACGUCAGGUCAGACUUUUCAUUUCACUAAAACAUUCACUCUCGUUUUUUUCUAAUUUGGUCGUUUUUUUUUUAGGUUUAAAAUUGUACUAUUACCUAAAAACACUCCUCCUUUUCUUAACGUACACAGAAAUAAUUAUCUGACAAUUAAAAAUAUAAGAAAACACCUUUAUUUUGUCGAAAAUUAUGUUUAAAGUCUGAGAAAACAGCGUUUCUUUAAUGUAAACUUGUGCUGAAUUUUCUCAAAAAUUCUCCCUAGUGUCCUGUCAUUUUCAACAUAUUUUUCAACUUUUCUUCGUAAAUUGCUUCUCAGUUGGUGUAAAACAGCAGUUAUAAUCCCACAACAUUAAAUCAAAAUUUGAGAAUUGUAAAAAUGAGCACGCGUGAAACAGGUUUUUAUGUUUUUGUAAUUAUUUAAGCUGGUGAGGAAGCACUCAGGGUAAACACUUAUCUUAGUUUCAUUCGUUUAUGAGAAUUUGAAAGAAAAGUUGAAAAACAAAGUAACUCUGAAAUUUUUGUAAUCCACACACAAAAAUUCAUCAGAAAUGAAGAAGAAUUGACGCACAUUUUUUUGAUUUUUUGACUAAUUAAACAAAAUUCAAAAAAUAGAGGUGUCUCUUAUUUUUGAUGGAUUUUUAGCGGUUAAAUACGGUUUAAACAAUUAGGUUCAGUUAAUGACGUUUAAAUUAAGUAAAGAAGUAAAUGAAUGAAGUAAAAACAGUAAAAAUGCAGAAACUAUAGGACCUUGAUGCGUGGAUUUUCCCUUUUUCCAGUCGUUUUAUCUAAAAACACUAAUAAUUUAAAGGUUUUAUAUUACGCAGAAUUGAUUUUUGUGAGAUUUAAAUCACGUUAUAAUGUUUUUAACUCCUCAAAAACAAACCUGGAGUCGUGUUUGAGAGAAAAACUCGGCCUAAAUGCGCAGGGUUUGUACACAGUGUUGGUGAUUUUUAAAAUGUAAUCCCCUACAGAUUACAGAUUACAAAAUGUAGUUUGUAACAUAAUCCAUAAAGUUAUUUAAAGUGAGUAACGAGAUCUAGUUUAGAUCUGGUUUAGACCUGGUU